UGGCUACCUGAAUCAGCGCGUUACCUUCUGGUUGCUGGUCGGAGAAAAGAAGCUAGCAUGAUUAUGGAAAAGAUUUAUUCUAAAGCCGGCCUUGGAAUUCUCGAAGGUGCUCUUGAAACACCAAAAAAACCUUAUCUGUAG